CCAUUUUAUUCAAUUCGAACCCCAACUUCACGGACCCGACCAGAAUAUAAACCGGGUUUCACCGUCGUCUACAAACAUGAUCGUGACGAACACUCCGGCGGCGGACCUCGCCCUCACGAACCUCGCUUACUGCUCGCACGCCGAUCUUCAUGGCUUCGCCGUCCCUGGCACCAAGCUCUACCUCGCCUCCAUCGCCGAUUCCUUUGUUCUUUCUCCCACUGCUCACGAGAGCGUACGAAAUGGCCACAUAGCUCUAAAUACGAUUCAGCGUCGGCAUGCCAGGGUUUCAUCUGGUGAUACCAUAUCGGUUAACAGAUUUAUUCCGCCUGAGAAUUUCGACCUGGCAUUGCUUACACUUGAGUUGGAGUCUGUGAAAAAGGGGACUAAAAGUGAACAGGUUGUGCUUGCUAACCAGCUUAAAAAGAGAUUUAUGAACCAGGUAAUGACAGCAGGGCAAAGAGUGUCAUUUGAGUUUCAUGGAAAUAACUAUAUUUUCAGAGUCAAUCAAGCUGCCGUAGAGGGGCAAGAAAAAUAUAGUACUAUUGAAAGAGGGAUGAUAUCAAGUGAUACAGACAUUGUCUUUGAAACAUCAAAUUCGAGUGGAAUAAAGAAGUUGGGAGCAAUGUCGAGCAGCAAACCAGAGCAAAGUCACAGAAAAGAUGAAGAAGAAGAAACCACAGCGGCCGAAGACGAAGACACAGGCGCACAAGUAGCUCCGAUUGUGAGGCUCGAAGAGGUUGCUAUCUCUACCGGCGAGGAAGAAGAGGAACCAAUUCUCGAUCUAAAAGCAAAACUGUACCGUUUCGAUAAAGAUGGGAAACAGUGGAAAGAGAGAGGCGCAGGGACCGUGAAGCUUCUGAAGCACAAGGAAUCUGGAAAAGUCAGGCUCGUAAUGCGCCAAUCUAAGACUCUCAAGAUCUGCGCUAAUCAUCUAGUUAUUCCGACAAUGACAGUGCAAGAGCAUGCUGGAAACGAAAAAUCAUGUGUGUGGCAUGCUACGGAUUUUGCUGAUGGGGAAUUGAAGGAUGAGCUCUUCUGCAUUAGAUUCGCUUCUCUUGAGAACUGCAGGAGCUUUAUGGAAACAUUUCAAGAGGUUGCUGAAUCACAGGGAAAGAAGGAGGAUAAUAAAGAUGCAUCAGAUACUGCUGGACUCUUGGAGAAAUUGAAUGUUGGGGAUGGUAAAACUGAGGGUAAAGAGCAGGAAGAGAAGCCUGAUGUGGCCAAGGAGGAGGAUAAGCAAACCUACAAGGAGGAGGAUAAGAAAGCUGUAGAUGACCAAGCAAAACCGGAGGCAGGUAACAAGGAUGAGCCAGCUUCAUAGACUAAACAGAGCACUGUUGGUAUAUUUGAACAGUUUAUCAAUAUAGAUGUUGGUUUGGGUGGCUAGUAAAGGUUGUUUUUCCCACUAGUUUGGGGAAUGCAGCUGUAUUUACGUUGUUUAUUGAAAUUUUUGGUAAUCUAUGGAUGUGGAUGAUGGUUAGUCUGUUGGUCUUGA